AUGGCAAACGAAGGCUUAGUCGUACCCUUCCUGGGUGCGUUGCAAGCCUGUGUUUCCGUGCUGUUAACAAUGUGCUACGGUUUUGCUGCUCGUCGGUUCCAGUUGAUUCACGAGACUACAAUCAAUGACAUGCUGGGGUUAGGCGUAAAACUCCUCCUACCAGCACUAAUAAUUGUGCAUCUAGGCCAGGAGCUUCAUCUCGGGACAGCGAUGAACUAUAUUCCAGUUAUAAUCUGGUCGACCCUCUACACAUCGCUAUCAAUUGGCCUUGCGCAUUUCUUAUCGCGUCUGCUUGGCCUACCUCAAUGGGUUACACCGGCUUGCUCAUUCAACAACACAACAUCUCUGCCCUUGUUACUUCUCCACUCCCUCGAGAGCGUAGGAAGUCUGAAACUGAUCCUACGCAAUGGCGAAACCUCAGCCUCAGCAAUCGACCGUGCUCAGAGUUACUUCCUUGUCUGCGGUGUGGUUAGCAAGACCAUUGCAUAUAUCGUCGGACCGAAGAUGUUACAAGAUCGUGGAGAUGGUCUUGGUACAUCAGAGAGACGAGAUCAAACCGCGAGAAUCCUAGCAGAAGACGAACAACUCAGCGAAGAAACCUCACUACUUCCGCAGCGCGCCCAAGAAGUCCGAACAUCAGCCUGGAACCUGACCCGCUGGCCGAUGCGCUGGCUAGGCUCAUUAUUCCCCCACCGAGUCAAGCAAGAACUCCUCGCACCCUUUGAAUCUCCAUUCGCGGACGUGGCUAUAUUCUGCACGAUUCUGGGCACGGUGCUGGGAUUAGUCCCCUCGUUGCACCGAGCGUUCUUCUUUGACGAGGAAGAUGGAGGGAUAUUCAAUGCGUGGCUGACUGCAAGUGUCGGCAACGUCGGCGGGCUAUUUACAACCCUGCAAAUCUUCAUGGUUGGGUGUAAACUUGGAGUAACGUUCGAGCGGAUGGUUGCAGAAGGAAAUUCGGCCCGGAUCCCCGUCAGGGCUAUCACGACUAUUUUUGUCAUUCGUUUGGUGGUCUGGCCGGCGCUGAGCAUUUCAUUGAUUUACGGACUGGCUAAGAGGACUCGAUUCCUUGGUGAUGAUCCGAUCCUCUGGUUUAGUAUGAUGCUUAUGCCUGCCGGUCCACCGGCGCUGGUGAUUUCGGGGUUGGCAGAAUUAGCAUCGGCAUCUGAGAUGGAAAAGAUGGUCAUUGCGAAGACUUUAACGAUCAUGUAUGCGUUGUCGCCAUUUGCAUGUUUUAGCAUCACGGGAGCGCUUAAAGCUUCCGAGGCGGUAUUGAAAGAGAAACGAUGA